CUUCAUUUUCAAUUUUAGGCUAUUAAAUUAAAGUCUUCAAAAUGAAGGAUAUGUUGGAACUGUUCAUGGGUGUUGGUUUAUCUGAAUCGAAAGCAAAAGACACAAUAAAAAAUUCUGCAUUGGCCGAGUUUUUCAAACAAAUUAUAGAAGAGGCAAAAACACAUUCAUCGAAUAUCGACAAGCCUAUUGGGAAUCUUUUAUAUCAAGUAGCAACAAGACUGAAGGAUAAGAAGCGACUUUCAUUCCUAGUUAGUUACAUUGUAUCAAAGAAGAUCGUUACAGAGAUUCAACUUGCUGCAGCUCUCGACUACCUCAAAUCCAAACCAGUCGAUCCAAUCAAUACAUCAGAAUUUGAACUAGAAUCAGGAGUUGAUGUUGUUAUAACACCUGAUCAAAUUGAAGAAACAGUUGAAUCAGUAAUUAACAACAAUAAGAAUGAAUUAUUGGCAAAAAGAUACAGGUUUAAUGUUGGAAUUCUGUUGAGUCAAGCCCGAAAAAACCUCAAGUUUGCUGAUGGGAAGUCUAUUAAAAAUGAAGUUGAUAUUCAACUCCUUGAUCUAUUGGGACCUAAAACUGAAGCAGACAUGGCACCAGUAUCGAAGAAUAAAAAAUCGAACAAUCCCAAACCCGCAAAAAACUCUGGCGAUGCGAAGUCCAAAGAUGUAGAACUUGACGAUCGGAGUUUAAUGGAUCAGUUACGUGGUGCUGCCCUUUGCUUCCACAAGCCUGGUGAGAACUAUGCAACAGAAAAUUAUGUUGUCACCCCGAAAACAAUGGAUUUGUUGAAGGAGCAUUUGUCUUUAACUGGUGGUCAAGUAAGGACUCGAUUUCCUCCUGAACCAAAUGGAAUUCUUCACAUUGGGCAUGCUAAGGCAAUCAAUUUUAAUUUUGGUUAUGCAAAAGCUAACGAUGGAAUUUGCUUUCUGAGAUAUGAUGACACAAAUCCAGAAAAGGAAGAGGAGAAAUUUUUCAGAGGCAUUUUGGACAUGGUACAGUGGCUAGGUUACAGUCCAUAUAAAAUUACUCAUGCUUCAGAUUAUUUUCAAGAGCUAUAUGAUUAUGCUGUCCUCUUAAUAAAAAAGAACUUGGCUUAUGUCUGUCAUCAGAGAGUGGAAGAAAUAAAAGGUGUGGAUCCACCUCCAUCACCAUGGCGUGAUCGACCAAUUGAAGAGUCUCUGUCUCUUUUUGAUGACAUGAGAAAAGGAAAAAUUUCAGAGGGUGAAGCUACGUUAAGAAUGAAGCAUGAAAUGGAAGAUGGUAAGCAGGAUCCUGUGGCAUAUCGAAUCAAGUUUACUCCACAUCACCGUACGGGUGAUAAAUGGUGCAUCUACCCAACCUAUGACUUCACACAUUGUCUUUGUGACAGCAUAGAGCAUAUCACACAUUCUCUGUGCACAAAAGAAUUUCAAUCUCGUCGAUCGAGUUACUACUGGCUUUGUAAUGCUCUUGAUGUGUAUUGCCCAGUGCAGUGGGAAUAUGGACGACUGAACCUGCAGUACACUGUUGUGUCCAAACGAAAAAUUACUAAACUGAUUGAUAACGGUAUUGUUAGAGAUUGGGAUGACCCACGGCUGUUUACUCUAACAGCUCUGAGACGCAGAGGAUUUCCGAAUGAGGCUAUUAACGACUUUUGUGCAAAAGUUGGUGUCACAGGAAAUUUAGUGACAAUGGAGCCCCCACUUCUUGAAUCAUGUGUGCGUAACGUUUUAAAUGAAACAGCAAAAAGGGCAAUGGCUGUUUUGGAACCACUUAAAGUCGUUAUUGUUAAUUUUGACAAAGUUAUUUCGAACAAAACAAAAGAAAUCAGAGUCCCAAAUUUUCCUGCAGAUGAGAGCAAAGGUUAUCAUAGUAUUGAAAUAUCUUCAGUUCUCUUUAUAGAAAGAUCAGAUUUUCUCGAUCAUGCUGAUAAAAAUUAUAAGCGUUUAGCUCUCAAUCAAUCUGUUGGACUUCGUCAUGCUGGAAUUGUUAUUACCGUAGAGGAGGCUGUUUACCAGCCUGAUGGCAAAACAUUGAAGGAACUCAGAGUUGCUUGUGAAUCUGUUGAGAAGGCUGCUAAGCCAAAAGCCUUUAUCCACUGGGUGUCCGAACAUGAUGGUUCUACAUGUGAAAUUCGUAUAUACGACCGUCUUUUCAAACACAAAAAUCCUGAGGAUCCAAAAGAGGUGCCUGGAGGAUUCGUCAGCGAUUGUAAUAGAGAUUCUCUGGAAGUUAUGUCAAACGCCAUGAUCGAUUCAUCUGUUCAGAAUGCAGAAACAUACGACAAAUUUCAAUUUGAAAGACUUGGAUACUUUUGUGUUGAUCCUGAUUCAACUAAAGACAAAAAAGUUUUCAACCGAACUAUACAAUUAAAAGAGGAUGCAGGAUAUAAAAAGUAAAUGACGCUUUCAUCUGAAGGUUUAUAAGCGGUGGGGAAUGGAAUUAUCAUUGCAGCUGUUUGUUCAGACUUCAUAAUGACAAAAAGACAUUGUUGCAACACUGUAGUAACUUCAACUAUGUAUGUGUCUCUUAUUAAAAAGAUGCUCAUGAGCAUGGAUGUCCGAAACGAACUGAAUAUUUGGUUAUAUUCAUAAUUGUAUUCGAUAUAGUUGAUUUGUGAUAAAGGAAUAUUAUAGAAUAUUUUCAUUUGAAAAUUUGUCAUCUCGAGCAGGAGACAUCGGCAGUCGGACAAAAAAUAAAUUUAGUUUUAAUUCUCAUACUAUAAAGAUUAUAUCAAUCAAAUCAAUGUUUAUCCCAAAUCUAGUAAAACCUCUAGUACAAUGGUUUGUAUGAAGUUUCAUGUUGAGCAUGGUCGGUUUUGGGAUAUAUUCCAUUUUUGAAAAUAUUAUUUCAGAAUGUAUUAAUAAUAGCAAGAAAUGAUUUAAUUUCCGCCAUCCCUGUCCAUGAGAUUCUAGAAUUCUGUCUUGCAAUUGGUUCUCAUUUUGAUCAAUCAAAAUUUAUGUACCUAUUUGGUAGAGGUUAGAUUAUCUGAAUUGAAAAAUUGGAUUUUUCUCAAAUGUCAUAAAAUUGCAUCACAUUCAAAAUAAAUUGAUUGGAAAUUUGAGUUGCAAACCUCAAUAUAUCAGGCAGAACAACUUUCCUAGUAUCAUUUUAACGUGGUCUGAGAAACGUUUGCUAUCAUUCUAGAAUGUUGUUUCGCAAUUUGGUGCAGUGGGUGCAAUUGUCAUUAAUUCGACUUGAUAAAAUGAUGAUUGAUGUUUUGUUCAUUCGAAAAAUAAACUAAAGUUAACUAUCA